GCGGGGCCCAGUGUACAGGUCUUCUCCCAUUCAUGCAGAGCCUCGAACAUUAGCAACCAUCGCAGCUCAGUUAGAGCAGACGCGCCUCUUCUUCCUCCACCUAGAGACCCUCGGUUUCCCCACUCUGAAAUAAAGGACACAGUGCCUUUAAACCAGCAGCCACCAUGGCAGAAGCUCACCAGGCGGUGGCCUUUCAGUUCACCGUCACCCCCGAUGGCAUCGACCUACAACUGUGCCACGAGGCUCUACGCCAGGUCUACCUUUCUGGGCUUCACUCCUGGAAGAAAAGGUUCAUUCGGUUUAAGAAUGGGGUAAUGACUGGCGUGUACCCAGGCAGCCCGGCUGGCUUCAUGAUCGUGGUCGUUUCAUACAUGUCCUACAACAAAUACAAACAGCUGGAUCCUUCCAUGGGACUGAUUGCCAAAUUAGGCCAACACAUACCCAUCAGCCAAUACAUGUCCACAGAUAGCCAGAGGAUAGUCGGAGGGGUUCUGGUGGGCACGGGCCUCUGGGUCACCAUCAUUAUGAUCAUGAGGAAUGUUCUGAAGUGCCUGCUGUCAUGGCACGGCUGGAUGGAGUCACGCCACGGGUCUCUGCCCUUCGGUACUCGCCUGUGGCUGCUUUUGGUGAAGGUGUUCUCUGGCAGAAAGCCGAUGCUCUACAGUUUCCAGAACUCCCUGCCGCGGCUACCUGUUCCCUCAGUCAAGGACACCUGCAGAAGGUACCUGGAGUCGGUGCGCCCACUGAUGGAUGACGAGCAGUUUGAAAGGAUGAAGGCCUUGUCUAAAGACUUUGAGAAGAAUCUAGGACCCAGGGUGCAGUGGUACCUCAAACUCAAAUCCUGGUGGGCUUCAAACUAUGUUAGUGACUGGUGGGAAGAGUAUAUUUACCUGAGAGGCCGUGGCCCCAUCAUGGUCAACAGCAACUAUUAUGCCAUGGACUUUCUGUAUGUGUGCCCCACCAACAGCCAGGCGGCCCGGGCAGGUAAUGCUAUUCAUGCCAUCAUGCUCUACAGGAGAAAACUGGACAGAGCUCAGAUCAAACCAAUAUACUUGCUGGCCAACAAGGUACCUCUGUGUUCUGCUCAGUGGGAGCGCAUGUUUAACACCUCCCGCAUCCCUGGUGUGGAGACAGACACGCUCCAGCACAUGAACGAGAGCAAACACAUUGCUGUGUACCAUAAAGGCCGUUUCUUCAAGGUGUGGGUGUUUUACGACGGACGGCUGCUGCUGCCACGAGAGAUCGAGCAGCAGAUGGAGAGGAUCUUGGCGGACAAGUCUGAGCCCUUGCCAGGAGAGGAAAAACUAGCUGCGCUGACUGCAGGAGACAGGACCCCUUGGGCAAAGGCUCGACAACAGUUCUUCAAAAAUGGCAAAAACAAGCAAUCUCUGGAUGCCAUAGAGAAGGCAGCCUUCUUUGUUAGCCUUGAUGAUACAGAGCAGCGCUACGAUGCAGACAACCAGGUCAAGUCUCUGGACAGUUACGCCAAGUGCCUGCUGCAUGGAAACUGCUACGACAGAUGGUUUGAUAAGUCCUUUAAUCUGAUCAUUUUCAAGAAUGGGACCAUGGGACUAAAUGCAGAGCACUCUUGGGCUGAUGCUCCAAUCGUUGGCCAUCUGUGGGAGCAAGUAUUGUACAUGGAUUGUAAACUGGGAUAUACUGAGGAUGGCCACUGCCAUGGGAAGCCUCAUCCCAAUUUGCCUGGUCCCCAGAAGCUACAGUGGGACAUCCCAGCUGAGUGUCAGGAGGUUAUUGAGAGCUCACUAACAGUAGCCAGGGCUCUGGCAGACGAUGUGGACUGCCACAUAAUCCCCUUCGAUGACUUUGGAAAGGGGUUGAUCAAGAAGUGCCGCACCAGUCCAGAUGCCUUUAUCCAGAUCGCCCUGCAGCUGGCCCAUUACAGAAACAAAGGGAAGUUCUGCCUGACGUAUGAGGCGUCCAUGACGCGGCUCUUCCGUGAGGGUCGAACAGAAACUGUACGUUCCUGCACCGUGGAGACUUGUGACUUUGUUCGUGCCAUGAUCAGAGACGAAACGAGAGAAGAGCGCCUUAGAUUGCUCAAAGUGGCGGCAGAGAAACACCAAAGCUUGUACCGCUUGGCGAUGACGGGUCAGGGCAUCGAUCGCCACCUUUUCUGUCUCUAUGUGGUCUCUAAGUACCUGGGAGAGGAAUCAGCCUUCCUCAAGGAGGUGUUGUCUGAGCCAUGGAGGUUGUCCACCAGUCAGACCCCGCUGCAGCAGAUUGAGUUGUUUGAUCUGGUCAGACAUCCAGAGUUGGCAUCCUCCGGAGGUGGAUUCGGUCCAGUGGCUGACGAUGGGUAUGGUGUCUCCUACAUCAUUCUUGGGGACGACCUCAUCAACUUCCAUAUCUCCAGCAAAUACUCAAGCCCAGAAACUGACUCCCGUCGUUUUGGGGAAAACAUUAGACAGGCCAUGUUGGAAAUGCUGGCUCUCUUCCAGCUUGAGAAGAAAGAGUCAAAGUGAUGACUCUCACCUGUUUUAUUUUUCUGUUUUUUAUUUUUCCUUUUCUUUCUGGUGGAAUAAAAAAAAAAAAAGAGGGAAAAAAAAGGAUCAAAUCUUCCUGUAAAUUGUGCAGAAUCUUUCGAAGAAUCUGGGGUUAUUUCUAAGUUAAUUAAUGUUACAUGACUAAGGAAGGCAUUUAGACGUGUCACUGUUGAUAUGUUUGGAAAGAGAUUUGUGUAUACAGUCUGAGUGAGGUGAGCCUCCAGCACAGUUGGUGCGUAGAUCAAAGUAUUUAUUUGCAAAAAUGUAACUUUAGCGGUGCCUUAGCGACACACUAAUGUGAA